AUGGUGCUCCCAUUAGGUGCCGUGCAGCUAGCUGUGGUAUCAUUCAUCGUGGGCCCAAUGGCUAUCAUCGCUGUAGCGCUUAGACUGUGGUCUAGGUAUCUCCAGAGAAGAAACCUGGCCGCGACUGAUUACUUGGUAUUGGUAGCAUUGGUACUAGCCGAGUCAGCUUUGUCCGUGUUCGUGGCAGCUGGCUUUGCAGCUGGCCUCGGAGUUCAUUUAGAAGAGCUUUUAGCAACGGCUCCUCAAAAGUUCGCUCUGCACAUGAAGCUUUUCGUGCCUGCCCAACUGCUGUGGGCUGCGGCGAACUCGUGUGUCAAGGCAUCAAUACUAUAUCUCUACAUGGACCUCUUUCCCAAUAGGACCUUUUGCCGUGUGUGCUAUGGUACCCUCUUCAUAACUGCCGCGUAUUUCACCAUGGUGCUGAUCGAAACCUUCGCGCUUUGCAAACCUGUCCAAUAUAACUGGGAUAAAUCAAUUGAAGGGGAAUGCAACGGUGAAAACAUUGCUUAUCUCGUUGCUGGCAUUGUCAACCUCACCAUCGACACUUUCAUUGUGGUACUACCGAUGCCUCUGGUUUUCAACUUGCAACUGAUUAUGACCAAAAAAGUUGCCGUCGCUGCAAUGUUCAGCCUCGGGGCGUUUGGCACCCUCCAGGGCACGAAAGCCAGUUCCAACACCGGCGGGAAUUAUAGUAGCGGAUCAUGGAGUCGACAGCUCAACGGAAAAGUGAAAGGCAAUCUCACUCGGGAUUUCGAACGGCUUGAUGAUGAAUUUGCACUUCAUGAAGUGCCCGCCGACAGGAAUUCUGACGUCGGUCUCACUAGCGCGACCACAAGUCGUCGAUUCUAA